AUGGUUGCGGAUAUAAAAAUGUUGCACUAUUUCGACAACACUUUGCGGACCCGGGUGGUUGCUGAUGCCUCGCCUGUAGGACUGGGCGCCGUUCUUCUACAAUUUGUAGAUAACCGGCUUGAUUCUAAUCCACACAUUAUCAGUUAUGCGAGUAAAAGUCUCAGCGAAACCGAGAAACGCUACUGCCAGACCGAAAAAGAGGCACUGGCACUAGUUUGGGCAGUGGAACGUUUCUCAGUUUACCUUCUCGGGCGCACCUUCGAACUGGAAACUGACCACAAGCCCCUAGAAACAAUCUUUAAACCAAAUUCACGACCGUGUGCCAGAAUUGAACGGUGGUUACUGAGGUUGCAAUCCUUUUCGUUCAAAGUUGUGUACCGUAAGGGCUGCAACAACAUAGCAGAUUCACUUUCGAGAUUGUCUCAGAACGAUUGUACCACAGAUUUCGACAGAGACAGCCCUUUUCUAAUUCUUGCGAUUAAAGAGUCAGCGGCGAUCGAUACAAGUGAACUUGAUAAAGCUUCGCGAGAGGAUCAAGAACUACAGGCUGUGAAAACAUGCCUCAUAAGUAACAAUUGGAAUAAUCCUUUGGCAAAGCCAUACGAAAUUUUCAAAACCGAAAUAGGUUUCACCGGAGAUACAUUAAUUCGCAGAAGUAAAUUAAUUGUUCCAAAAGCUCUUCGAAUUAGAAUGCUAGACCUUGCUCACGAAGGCCAUCCAGGGGAGAGCGUAAUGAAACGCAGAUUACGCGACCGGGUUUGGUGGCCCGGGAUGGAUCGUGAAAUCGAGAAACAUGUAUCCUCGUGUGAAGGUUGUAGACUAGUGAGCUGCCCAAACAGACCCGAACCCAUGGGGAGAAGGCCUCUUCCAGCCGGUCCUUGGAUCGACGUUGCGUUAGACUUCAUGGGUCCACUGCCUAGUGGCGAAUAUUUGUUAGUUAUCAUAGACUAA